AUGAUCAAGCUAGUAAUUUUGGCUGUACUGUGCUGUCUAGCCACUGUUGUAUUGUCAGAGGGCGCCAACAAGGAGGUGGUGCUCUCCAUUAGCGGCAUCCCCGCCGAGGUCAGUUUGAUGGCCGGAGACACGCUGACCUGGGUGCCCCGUGACAAGGCCCUGCACGAGAUCCACGUCAAUGACAACAACAAGCACUACCAGAUGAGAGGCAAUGCCGUCUCACACAUCUUUAACCGCAUCGGAACCUACUCCUACGCCGUCAAGUCGGAUGACAAGUGGCAAACAUUCACCGUCAAGGUGUCCGCCGGUGCCGCCCCAGUUGCCCAGAAGAAGUUCGUCUCCCAACAGAACGUCUUCAAGCUCCAGCAGGACAUCCAGACCGAGUACGAGAAGCGCGAGUACCUCUACCGUCUCCAGCAGCAGCAGGAGGACAACGCCAAGCACGGAAUGAAGGUCGCUCCAGGCCCAUACGGCAACAUCCCACCCUCAGCCGUCCGUGUCACCCCAGGUGCAUGGCCCGCUCCAGAGACCAAGCCAGAGCCAGAGACCAAGCCAAACCCAGAGACUAAGCCAGAUCCAGAGACCAAGCCAGACCCAGAGACUGUUCCAGAGACUGACAACAAGCCAGACCCCGAGGAGACUGACAACAAGCCAGUCCCACCAGUCACUGACAACAAGCCAAACAACAAGCCAACCAACAACAACAAGCCAGACACUGAGACCGACAACAUCCAGGAGAGUGACAGCAAAAACGCUGGUUCCAGACUUGCUGCCAGCAUUGUCCUUAUAUUGGUUCCCAUCGUUGCUGCCAUCUUCUAA